CGUUGUGUGCCGAUCGUCCGGACCGGAGAGAUCAUGGCUGCCAUUCGCUGCUUAUCAUGGAUUGGUCUGUUCUGUUUUGCGAUUGCAACGCAGUCCAUUCUCGGUGCAGUUUUCCGUUGCGGUGACGAUUCGGUGUUCGAUGGUCGUGUCACGGAAUGGCAGCCCCGCAGUCCGGAACAGACCCUGUACGCCUACGUUCGCUGCCUGAACGAUUCGUCGGCCAACGUUGAGAUGAAGACCCGCUGGGUGCGAUGGCAGCCGGAUGAUUCUCCUGAAAGCCAGUGCUACGUAAAGUGUGUCAGUGAAGAACUUCGGUUAUUCGAUACGAAGCAGCGACGGUUUCGUCCUGAGCGAUUCAUUGAACAAGCGGAAGCAUACUAUAGUGCUGAUGCUGCUAAACUGCAAGCCUUGAAGCAGGAUGCUGAACCGAUGCUAGCUGGUGAGCUUAAUGAAGUCACCUGUCAAUCGGUGUUCCUCAAGUAUGCUGAAUUCUACAGCAAACAUGCGGAAAUAAUUCUUCGUAUGUUUCAUGGACACUAUAAGGAUAUUGGAGUAACCUAUCAACGACUAGGGGACCAAGUGAAACAGAUCGGUCAAACCUUUAUGGAUUACUGCGAGAAGCGACAUGAACGCCAUCUGGAUGCAACUAACAGGUGCCCAUCGGUUCCGCUAUUGGAUUGCAUCCUUCGUGGAUUCCGUUGGAUUACCGAAGAAAAUGAACUGAACGUCAACGAGGUUCGUCGUGACUAUGGCAUGGCUGGCUACGAAGUCGAUGCAGAACAGUGUGAAUCAUCGGCGACGGUCGAUGCCCGUGCGCUGUAUCACUGCCUGCGAGAUAAAGGCGCAGAGAAGCUGGACCGGGUGAUAAGCGAACGCAACCAGCGGACGGCUCGUUACUUCGAUAUGUCGUCCCAGGAGGAACCGUGGAAGUCGGCGGUGGAGUUCGCUAACAAUUUAGUCUAGCGUCGCUGACAAAUCAAUUAGUUCCGCAGGUGAUGACGGUGAAAGCAAUUCAAAAUUGCUUAGAUGCCAUCAUCGUUCGGAAAGUUUGAUUUGACAUUGAUUAAUAAUUAGUAAUUAUAUUAUUUUACACGACUUUUAUGCUAGUUUCAAUGAGAUCUGAACCAAUGCUGUUCGUGUCAUAAUGUAGAAGAGCUCUAAUUUGACCAAAUACCAUUUACCUGAUUGAUAUUUUAGAAUAAGUUACAAAACUUUAGCAUUUAAUAAAAACUGAAAACACCAUCAAUAUUGACUAAAAAGAAUUGAACCUAA